CUCUGCUUUAUCUUUAUGAAUGGUGAGGAGUUGUGAGUGUGUGAAUGGAGAUACAGCAACCAGGACCUUGAAGGAAGAAUCUCCCACACCUGGCCUGAUUAGUGGAUUGAGUCAGGUGCAGGGAAGGGGGUGGAUCUGUUAUGAAUUAGUAAGGGUGACCCAAAACUCCACUGCCACACCCUGAUGCAGAGAUAUGCUCUGUAAUUGGUGACUCUAAACUACUCUCACACCUUCAUACAGAGAUAUGCUAUGUAAUUAGUGACAAAGCUCCACUACCACACCCUGAUGCAGAGAUGUGGUGUGUGGUUGGUCACAAUGUAGUCAGAUAGGACCAGUCUUCCCCCUAGAGGUCAGGAGGCCAAAGUGUGAGGGAAUGCUUGUGAGUGAAUUGCCAGUGAGUGUAUGCAUAUCAUAUCAUCUCAGCCACACCCAUUUAAGGGAGGAUGUUAGUCUGGUGUAUACAUGGAAUAUUAGACUAGAACAGUGAUGACAGUGUACACCAUUGUUUGCCAUCAUUUAUGUGUCAAAUUAGGAAUGUGGAGAAAAACUGAACAAGAAUCUCACAUGUUAUGGGUUUUAUAGAUCUCACAAUGCCAAAGGGAGACAUUCCUACCAUCAUUUAAAAAUAAACAAAAAAUAACAGGGUAUUUAGUCACUUCAAGUUUUCAGCCUUUUUAGUUCAUGGAAAAUAUGAACUUUUUAAGAUUUAAGUAGAAAGAGAACUGAUGUAAGUGGAAGUUUGGCAUAAGUUCAUUGAAUUGUGGCUUCCCCAUAAAAAAAAGAGCUUUCCCUCACUCCACUAUAAACUAUAAGUUUAUAGUCUUGUUAAGUUUAUAUAUUGUACACAGAGUGGUAAAUAGACAGAAAAAAAAUAAAAAAAAGUAGAUAAAUAUAUACCAUGAUAUUAUGGGAGAGAGUUUUUAUACAUGAUUUUAAUAAUUUUAUGGUAUUAGGAGGAACAUAUCUAUUUAAGACCAUGAUAGUGAUAAAGAAGAAAGUAUAUGAAUAAUUGUCAUAUAAAAUGGGUUACAUAAUAUUUAUCUUGGACAGUGGCAGAAUGGGAGUGUAUUUCCUUAGAGUGUGUGUGUGUAUUGUGAAAGGUGUAGUCACUGCCUUGAAGGAGAAAUGCUCACUGUAUGUAUAGAUCUCCUUAGAAUGUGUAUGUAUACAAAAAAAAGUCUAUUGCCUUGAUGAAUUAGUCGGUAUACAUAGAGAUCCUUAGAAUAUGAAUACUGAAGAUGCAGUGCCUUAGUGAAAUGCUCAGAAUACAUAAAGUUCUAUGAAUUUGUAUGUAUACUGAAAAGAGUAGUGUAUCAAUGAAAUGCUCAGAAUACAUAAGGUUCCUGGGAAUAUGUAUGUGUACUGAAAAGGUCUAGUGUCUUAAUGAAAUGCUCAGAAUACAUAAGGUUCCUGUGAAUAUGUAUGUGUACUGAAAAGGUGUAGUGUCUUAAUGAAAUGCUCAGAAUACAUAAGGUUCCUGUGAAUAUGUAUGUAUGCUGGAAAGGUGUAGUGUCUUAAUGAAAUGCUCAGAAUACAUAAGGUUCCUGUGAAUAUGUAUGUAUGCUGGAAAGGUGUAGUUUUAGUAUUGCCUUAUUGAAAUGCUCAGUAUACAUCAGGUUCCUGUGAAUAAGUAUGUAUAUACUGGAAAAGAUCUAUUGUCUUGAUGAAGUGCUCAGUAUCCAUAGAAUGCCUUUGAAGUAUACAUUAUGUAAGGUGUUAUGAAUACUUUAAUAAGCCACUCAGUAUACACAGAUCUUGAAGGCAUACUUUUUUUUUUUAAUACCAUAACAGAAUGCUCACUGUAUUGUACUUAGAGUUUAAUAAGUAUAACAGAUCUCUUUCAAGACACUUUUUUUUUUUUAAUACCAUGACACAAUGCUCAGUAUAUUGUACUUAAGCUUUUUAUAAUAACUGUACCCUUCAUUAAGAUAUUAUUCAUUAUUCAAGUGGACCAAACUGAAUAUAGGUGGUGAUGAGGUUCAUAUACAUAUUUAUAGUAAUUAUACUAUUUCUUACUUGUUUUAUUUAUUUUAUUUUAUUUUAUUUCAUUAUUUUAUUUAUUUAGUUGUUUAUUUACUUUUAUGUUGGUGUUGUUUCUAAGUAGCUAAACAUUUGUACUUACUAACAAUUGUUCCUAAAACUUUUGAAUUUAUUUGUUUAUUUAUUUUUUUUUAUUAAUAUUUAUUUAUUUAUUUAUUUUAUUUAUUUAUUUAUUUUUAUUUUAUUUUAUUUUUUUCAUUUUUAUUUAUUUAUUCAUUUAUUUAUUUUUUAGGGGGAUAUCUAAGAAAAUGUGCACUUAACCAAUUGUUCCUAAACGUUUUGAAGUUACAGAUAUAUUUUGUAGUAACAUUUUUCAAUUUUACUUUUAAGCAGCUAAGGAAAUUUGUACUAGUUAAAAAAUGUUCCUAAAAAGCAUUUAAAUUAUGGAAAGUAUUAGUAGACCUUUGUUGAAUUUGUAAGUAGAUAGAAAUGAUUAUUAAUAACAACCAAGGCUGAUC